AAUAAAAAUGCACUGAUAACGUCGACGUUAACCGACGGACUCGUGCCAGAGGUCGUCAAUAGUUUACAAUUUUCGUCAAUCCGUUUUGUUUUGUUUUGCUCGUUUUGCAUUCGUCGAUUAAUCGUUCACGUCCGGUCUUGUUAGUGUGCGCGCGUUAGUGACUUGCAGUUUUCGCUUUUCCGCUGCAGACGUCUGCAGUACGUGCUCAUCUCCAGCCGCCUUCGACGUAGUUAUUUAUUUCUCGUCGUCUCGUUCUUACCGCGAUGAAUGCAUAUAUACGUAUGUACGAGACGUUGGUGAUGAUGUUUCUCAUCGCCUUCGUCGCGAUACUGUCAAUCAACGAUUCCGUUGGAAACUGUUUGCUCAGAGUGAAAUUGCAAAAAAUAGAAACUGCCCGUUCGCUUGUCAGACAGGAAAACAAAACAGUGGUACACCGAUACGGUCUUAGAAGCGAAGUGUUGUCCAACUAUUUAGAUGCACAAUAUUAUGGACCAAUUACUAUUGGAACUCCUCCUCAGCCCUUCAAUGUGGUGUUUGAUACAGGUUCAUCAAACUUAUGGGUGCCAUCGAAACAAUGCAGUAUUUUAAACAUAGCAUGCUUGACACAUAAUAAGUAUAAUAUGGCAAAAUCAACUACAUAUCAAAAGAAUGGAACAGAAUUUUCAAUUCAUUAUGGGUCAGGAAGCUUAUCAGGUUAUCUCUCAACUGAUGUUGUAUCUAUGGAUGGAAUUUCAAUUUUGAAUCAAACUUUUGCUGAAGCUAUCCAAGAACCAGGUAUAGCUUUUGUUGCUGCUAAAUUUGAUGGAAUACUUGGUUUAGGGUACAACACAAUUUCUGUUGAUGGAGUUCUUCCACCGUUUUAUCGCAUGAUACAACAGGGUAUUGUAAAGGAUCCAGUGUUUUCAUUUUAUUUAAAUAGAGAUCCAUCUACUAGUCCAGGCGGUGAAAUAAUAUUUGGUGGGUCUGAUCCUGAAAAAUAUAAUGGACCCUUUACUUAUGUUUCAGUGACCAAAUAUGGUUAUUGGCAAUUUGGUCUUGAUGAGAUACUUAUUGGUAAUACAUCAAUCGUAAGUGGAUCUGUUCAAGCAAUUGCCGAUACUGGUACUAGUCUUAUUGCUGGACCAGUCGAAAAAAUUAAACAAAUUAAUGAGCUUCUAGGUGGUACUGCUAUACCUGGUGGAGAAUAUAUUAUUGGUUGUGAUCAAAUUGAUAACUUACCAGUGUUAACAAUAAUAAUUGGUAACACAAAGUUUACUUUGGAAGGAAAAGACUAUGUACUUAAGGUUACUAAAGUUGGAAAGACCCUGUGUAUAUCUGGUUUUAUGGGUAUCGACAUUCCCCCACCUAAUGGUCCAUUAUGGAUAUUGGGUGAUGUCUUCAUUGGUCGCUAUUACACAGAAUUUGAUCUAGGAAACAAUAGAAUUGGAUUUGCUGAAAGUAAAUAAUUAGUUAGGUACCAAUGUAUAAUAUAACUAUAAUUGAACUUGGAUUUUUAUAUGGAACUGAUUGAAUGUAUAAUUUAUCCAAGUGAUUUAAUUAUAAUAUAACUACAAUAUUAAUA